CUGGCCGCUUGAGGGGAGUGCUUGGAGUUAGUUAGGGAUGGCCGGCCGGCGACCACCACCCUUCAUAGGGUGGAUCUCCCAUCAGCCUGUCGGAAAAAAAGAGAAACCACAGAGGCAGAGAGAGAGGAUGGGGGGGUCACGUAGAAAGUACAAGAAGUUGAAGCCGAAGGUGCGGGUGGGACUACCGAAAAGAAAACCUAACGUAUUCAAGCCGGCAUUCUCUCUUCCUCCGAAGCUCAGCUCCUUGCUUCCGCAAGACCUCAAGUGGGACGACAAGGCCAGCGUCAUCCAUAACUACAAGUCUUUCGGUGUCCUUUCCAACCCUAACUUGCUUGGCGUCCGAUCCCGCACCUCUCACAUUAUCGAAAGCGACUCUCUCCAGGUCCCUCAGACGUCCGAUGGACCUGAAGCUGCCUCCACGGGGCUCGAUCCGAUCGAUUCCGGUAGCGACCUCGAGGAGGACGAUUUGAAAACAGCACUGGGAAAGCAGCGAAGGGAUGGGGAAUCCGCACCUCCACAACCAUUGACAUCAAUGCAGCGUCUUCAUAUAGGUCGGCUGAUUGAGAAAUAUGGAGACGAUUACGAGAGGAUGUUCAUGGAUACAAAGCUAAAUGCCAUGCAGCAUUCAGUUGCAACUCUGGAGAAACUUUGCAAAAGGUAUCACAUGCAUAAAGAUAGGAAUCCAUUGAUAGUUUCCAGUUGAGAAUGGCUUUGUUUGGUGCCGGGAUGCCUUUCGAUCCCUUGGAACUACAGUACUAUGUUUGGAAUCUCAAUUUGUUGUAUGCUGAUUUAUGCUAGUCUAUUGUUACUUAAAAAUUAAAGGAACUUAGCUCAAGGGUAAAUGAUUAUCAGCCUCUCUGUUCGCACCCUUGUGUGUGGAUGAUGAUGGGCCUUUCGAAUCCAUCCUCCGGUGGCUUGUGUCUUAACUACGCUGAAGUCCGCGGGGGGUGGGGGUGUUGUUUGGAAUUCUCAGAGUAUCCUCUAUUUUGUAAUGCAAACACGAGUGGUUUGAUAAGACUAGGAGCUGGUAAUAUUGAUCCAAAACUUGCAAAGAAAGUUGCACUUUUGACUUGGAAGAAGAAAGAAGUGAACCUUUUGUGCUACUUUCGGAUAAAAAGGGCCAAAAGUAAUAUGCUGAGCUUGGGCAUGAUGAUGACGAAGUAAAUUAAGGACCGCUAGUUUAAUUCCUUUGUAUCAUUCCAUCUAAAAUCUUACAGUCGCUCUGUAAUCCACCGUAUCAAUGAAUCAUCGUCACUGUUUGCUUUGGCGUGAUA